CUCAAACCAAAGUCCACUUUAUGGGACAUUCCCUGCAGGUCAGCUCUUACUGGUACAGAAAUAAAAUCCUAGUGAUUUCAUUGUCUUUCAAUAUCUGCUUUACAGCCUCUCUAAUCACUGCAGAUAUUUCACAUGGCUUGAGUGAACAAAAUAUUUGCAUAUCCUAAUUUAACAAAAGUUGCCAGUUGUAGUUAAACACACUGAUUUUAAAAAACACGGAUUUGAUUUGAUUUGAUUUUUUUAAAAAAGGUCAAGCACAGCUGAAGAGCUGCACUCAUUUAUAGUUAAACAUUGGGUUUAUAUAUUUUUAUAUGAGUUUACAACCAGUAGUAAAGAGCAAUAUUUGCAUAUUUAGGCUAAUAUUCAACCAUAGGUGCUGAUAACUGGCCAGGUGGACAAAUACUGGAUACACACGGUACAUGUGCUCUGUGGUUGUGGGAGUGUGUCUGUCUGUCUGUAUGUUUAUACGAGUGUGUGCGACACGAGGUUCCAGAUAUUGUGUUAUUUGCUUUUUGACUCAAUUGUGAGACAUUCUGUUCUAAAGAUGCAGUUACAGGCAUAACUGCUUGGUUUCACAUCCCAGUUACAGUCACUGCUGUAAAAGUUUAGCUCAACACUCAAACACAAGUCUGCCUGAAUGUGUAAUUCCAAUAAUUUUACUCAGAAAUGACUCAAUUCCCAAUUUCCUGGAUUCUUGACUCAGAUCAGAUGUUCAAUGGAAGCUAGUUACUCCCCUGCACAGGGCGCUAAGAACACAGUAAGAAUGGCACAUUACCACAUUAUCUAAAAGCACCUGUAAUUCUAGGGUGGGCGCCUGUUGAUCUGUGUGGUUGUACAACUUUCAGAACCUUGUUGAGAAAAAUAACUAUUUGGGUCAAAAAGACAACUUUUUUUAUUUGUAGUAAAUAUAAGUUGUAAGUUUAAUAGGCUAGUUGUGCUAAUUCCCAUCAUUUUCAUUUUCAGUUUGUUGGGGGGGCUUCAUUACUGCCACCUACUGCUUCUCUUUAUUUUACCAGUUACCAGUUUUUACCAGCAUUUUAACUUGCUGUCCAAACUUUUUUGCAGAUGUCUGUGGUUUUUCUUGAUGUUUAGAGUUACUAUUAAAGACCUCAGAGAGGCCAUUGGUUGUGUAUAGCUACAAUGUUUUUGUUUGGAUAUGUUUGGUGUCAUGGCACUUUGUGUUAACACAGAACUUUUACAUGUGUCAUUUACUGUAUGUGUCUGUUCCACAGCACUCGGUGCCCACACACUCCACCUUAACGACUUCGACUUGGGCUCACAACACCAGGGACUUUCUGAGUUGAACUCUUCUUUGUUGAUGAGUUUGGACUUGAACACUGAGAAGUUAAGUCUAACACUAGCUGUGGAAAUGUGUGUAGUGAGCCAUACCUGUGCUGCUCAGUGUGUGUGUGUGUAAAUGGCGUCGGCCGGCAGCUCUUACUCACAUCGGUGACUUGUGUGAGUCACAGAUCACAUCUGUUUCCAAAGCAAGCAGGAGCUGUGCAGAUCCUGUCUGAAAACCACAGGAACACGGCGGCCAAGCUUUAAUAUUUUUCUCAUAUUCCCCUCCGUCCUCUGUUUAUCUGAAAGUCAUUGCUGCCUUUUUCUGCCCUGUGUACGUUUUGUCGCAGCAUCUUUUAAAUUCAUGUUACCAAAAUAGACUUUGGCGGCUUUCUGCUGUGGAGCCAGUAAUGAAUGUGUUGCAUUAAUGUGAACCAUUCAGUGGCUUAUGGCGAGCAUCUGUGUAUGUAGUUAUGUGUGUGUGUGUGUGUCUGCUGUUUUGAAAAGCUCCAUUCCCUGAGCUUUGGCUUGUCAUAAAUGAUGCUUAGCAACACAAGCCACAAAACUGACAGAACUCCACAGUCUGAGCGCUGACGGUCAGUCAGUUGAUGCUGGUGAAGCAGUGUGUGUGUGUGUCUGUGUGUGUGUGUGUGUGUGUGUGUGUGUGUCUGCCUGCAGAGCAUCUGCAUCUUAAUCCCCCACACACAGGCUACAAUAUGACCUCUGUGUUUGAAAUAGACCUUUAUGUGGACUUCUCCGCUGUAACGUUCUGAUUAUGUUCCACAGUAAUGACUUCAUCUGGCUGUUAAUUGCUACUGUGUAGGCUGAAGGGGCCCCUUCCACUGAACAGCAUGUUUUUAAAAACAGGAAAAGGGCAGAGUUGAUGAAAAACAUCUUACUUAGACUUAAACUCUAAUUAGCUUUUCUACUUUCUUUUUCGUUUACUUUGGUUGCCUAGUGUCCCUCAGCUGUAGACAGCUGUACACGUUCACAUGAGAUAACCGGGUUUCCUCACGCCCUAUUAUCAGAAAAGACAGAAAUUAAAUUUGUAUUUUUGAAAAAAAAAAGUAGGGUAAAUGUGACGACACAAAGCACAACGUGAGUCUGAGUGCUGAGAAAUACAUUUUUAUUUCAAAAGUUGUCGAACUACGUAGCAAAUAAGAUUUAUCUUAAUUAACUUUUUUUUACAUUGGUUCUCAAACAUUUACUUUUCCUGUCUUGCAGUACAGACGAGUUGAUCUACCAAACCGUUCAUGGUCGUCAGUGAUUUUCUUCUCCUUUAUUGGCCAGUCACAUUCAUGAGGAUCUGAAAAUCUUCAGAGAAAAGCUGUGCUUUUGUUAUGGUUGCCGUCAUUUGGUGUGCUGAGAUCUCAGUGCUCCAGGAACUGUUCUGAGACCAGCCCACUGGGGUCCAGGAUGAGUGACCAGUGAUGAAGGAGGAAGUGAAAAGUGACCACAUGCUUUGGUUGCACUGGUGACUUCAAAUCUCAGUUUGUCUGUGGUGUGAAGUCAUCUUUGUGAAUGCAGAAGUGUACAUUACAGUUUUUUCCUCAGACGGAGUUGGUUUGUGUUGUCCCGCAGAGAUGAGACUGAUCUUUUCAGCCAGUUGGAUAUUCCGCGGCUGGAUAACGUGUGCGUUCUUCAGCUUUUACGCACAGAAUGUGAUUGCAAAGAUUGGCUCCCGUUCCCCACGGGAUCCUCAAAGGAUAAGUGGAACAGAUGAGAGAUUGAUGGAGUCCAAACCCAGCCAGUGUGAUGAAAGCCAUUACCUAAAAGACUCCAGAUGCUGCAGAAAGUGUGGGCCAGGAUUCCGUGUACACGCUCACUGCACUGAUGCCCACCAGACAAAGUGCAUUAAGUGUAAUCGUGGUGAAUACCAGCCCAGCUGGACUGAGGAGGAACGCUGUCUCCAGCAGAAGUUCUGCGAUAAGGGUAAGGGUUUCAUGGAGCGACCUGAGGACCCUGUGGCGGAGGUGCCCUGCCGUUGCCGCCCUCAACUGCAGUGCCAUCCGAUCAACUGUGAGUUCUGUGAGUUGAUACCCACCUGCAGUGCAGGAUAUGGACUUGACCUGGAUCCUGAGUCUACCAAUGGAAGAAAGGUCUGUGUAGCUUGUAAGAAAGGGUUCUUCUCUGCUGAGAACGACAGGGAACAAUGCAAGUCAUGGACUAAUUGUAAUGCUGAGGGCAGAACUGAGACACUUCCAGGCAGUGCACAGGCCGACGCUGUGUGUGGCCCACCCAUAACUGGUGCAGCUUCGUCCUGGGUCAUUGUUUCAGUUCUGUCAGUCAUCACUAUUCUCUGUCUGCUCAUACUUCUCCUUUUCUGCUACAAGGACAAACUGAAAUUACUCUCUGUAAAUCUGCGGUCCUGUGUUCAGAAUCUAAAGAGGACCAGGAUUCAGCAGGAGACCUUGGCCCCUCUUUACCCCAGUGGAGGUCCUAAGUAUGCACCAUGUGAGACGACCAAGUUGAUUUGUCAAACGCCUCAGAGUCCAGCAGAUGAACCCUCGUGCACAUUCUCCGCCUCAGCUCCAGACGUCAAAGUCUCGCUGCCAUUCACGGAAGGAAUGAUGGAGAUAGAAGCUACCACCAAGAAGACAGCAAUGGAGAAUCAGAGUGAGGGAUCUGGAGAGCCAGAGGAGGUGUCAGAGGAGGAAGGGGAGGUUGUGAGUGUGUCCCCUCUUUUGACAGGUUCCUGUGUGUGCGUCAUUCCUAUCCGUGAGCCACUGGAAGUAGGGGAAAACGAGGACUGCAGUCAGGCUGUCAGCCCUGGAAUAACAGUCACCUGUUCCUGUAAAGGGCUGGACGGAGAGAGAGAAGGAGAGAAGUGUGCUAAAGAAGAGAGGGUGGAGAGUGUGAUGGUGGUUAGUGAAGCAGAGAUCGGCGAUGGGACUAAGGAAAAGAUGGUUUUGUGUAAGAGCGAAACAGGCGCUGCAUCUCUUGUCUCUCUCUCAGCUCCUCUCCUCCACUCCUCUUCUGUCGUCCCUCCGUCCAGUCCACUUCCUGAACUCUGCCCUCCUUUGGCCCAGGCUCUGAUGACACGAGAGCUCAAACCUUACAUGACUGACAGGUCACUGGUAAAACAGGAGGAAUUGUACAGACUGACAAGCGUGGAAUCUAGUUCAUCAGAGAACAGUACGACCCCUGCCAUGACCUCCAUCAGUCCCUUGAUGACCUCCACAUCUGUAGGGAAUCUGUACCUGGAGAAGACUCCUGAGGCCUCUGGUCCAGAGCGAGGUCAGGGAAUUUUCUGUGAGGACGGUGGAAGAAGCAAGCUCUCAUCUGGAGAGUCAGAACCGGAGUGUUCACCUGAGAGCCUUCACACUCAACUGGCUGAACCAACUCUUACCUCAGGUCAGGUGUCGGGGAACCACAACGCCACCUUCAUCUCCAGUGGUCAGGUGAUGAACUUCAGCGGCGAUGUCAUCGUUGUGUAUGUCAGCCAGUCGUCCUUGGGCAGUGAUGAGGCGGGGAAGGAGGAUGCCUUCGGGAGCCCUGUCCAGGAAGAGGCCAGUGAGGCAACAACAGCCUUCCAGGGCAGCCUGAGGUCACAAGGGGAUUCCACCUCCCACACCGCAGUGUCGAACGAGACUCUGCCAGUUCAAGAGGUGAUGGAGGAGCAGGCACUGGGGAAGUGAAGGGUUUUGUUUGUCUGUGAUCCGCUCAGAUACAAUGAUCUCUGAUCAUUACUGUCACCUACAGCCAAUCAAUAAUGAGAAAAAAUCUCCCUAUCAAUCAGCUUUAAAAAACUCAGAAUACAGUCAAUUUGUCUGUUGAACUCCAACAUGAAGGUAAGUGUCUGUGGCCACACAUUGUCAAUUUUCAAAAUAUAAUCUUCAAUAACUUUCCCACCUCAGACGUUAGCCAGUAAAAGCCGCCUCAGGCAUCUCUUACAUGCCAUUUUCUGUUUUCCAGUGGAAAGCUUUAGGCUCUUUUAGAUGGAAACUCCCUUCCAUCCAGACAGUGGUGGGAAAUUUUGCUAGGAAUUGGAUGUGGGACUAGAGUUGAAACUGUAAGAACAUCCUGUUUUUAUGGUUGUAUGAAAAUUACAGAUGUGCCUUAAUAAUAAUAAUAAAAAAAGUUAAUGUUCUAUGUUCCAUUAGCCACACUUUUAAUAUUGAAUAACUAAGAUUGAUAUCUGUGGAGUCACCAGUGAACAUUUAACCUUAGGCAGUAUCAGCACUUUGCCUCACAAGAAAAUAACCACACUAGGGAGAUGAUUGACUGUUGUGAAAGGUAAUACUAUAAGAAAAAGGAAAAAAAAAAAUCCAGUGCUUCCAUUUCAACACAUCAUUCAACAUCAUUUCAACAUUCCAAGGAGUGAUAUUUUUUUGCAGGACAAUCAAAAGCUAUUUUAGAGUAAAUGGUACAGAAAAACCCAAAUUCAUGGUGUGAUGUAUGUUUAUGUUUAUUUUGUUUUUUUAAUUUUUUUUUUUUUUCGAAUUUCCUCCUAUUGCAUCUCAGGUGCAGUUUGUGUCUAAGAAAAAUGCUGUGCAUUUGAUAAGCUAUUUUAUUACUGAUUUCUUUUGUUUUGUUAUGUUUGAAAUGUGCAAGACUUAAUGAAGAAAAAGGAAAGAAAUCCGGCUGCCUAAUUUUCUUUUUUUCUUUUUUCUUUUUUACAAAAGUGAAUUUAGAUAGUAGGAUUCGUAUGGGAUUUGCAGUAGCUUUGUACAUAUUUCUAGGGAAAACCAUGGUGAUGUAAUGAGAACCGACAUUCUCUCUGUAUUGAUUUGAUUUAUGGAUGUGCUCAGUAAAAACGCCUGGUGAAACGUGCCCCUUCUCGGAAACGGCACCAUUGGAUUAGAAGCUCGUAUGUAUGAACCCUUAUUAUGAUUAUUUAAAUAUCAAUCAUACAUGUUGCAAUGAAUGACUGAAAGAUUAUUUUUGAUUGAAUAAAAUAUGUUUUGCAUCUAA